GUCGACUUCCGUCCUGACCGGUUUACGCAACGGAUCAAGACCGACGGUAUCGAAGAGCAAGAAUUUUUUUUCGAGCAGAAAGAAAAUCCUCGAGCGAAAGGAUGUUGCGCGUCGUAGCGUCACGUGUAGCCUCGGCGAUGGUGCCCCGAGUGACAGCCACCAACCUCAUCGGUGUACAAAGUAUAAGGGCUUCCCACGGUUCCAAGGAAACCGACGAGCAAUUCGAUCAGCGAUAUGUCAACUUCUUUAGCCGCAAUGAUAUCGAUCACUGGGAGAUUCGAAAGGCCAUGAAUGAUCUGGCUGGUAUGGAUAAUGUGCCAGAACCAGUUAUUGUAUGCGCAGCAUUGAGGGCUUGCAGAAGAUUAAACGACUUUGCACUUGCCGUAAGAUUCCUAGAAACUAUAAAAGAUAAAGCUGGACCUCAUGCCGACAAGGUUUAUCCUUAUAUUAUUCAAGAGAUCAGACCCGUUUUGGAUGAACUAGGUAUCAGCACGCCUGAGGAGCUAGGUUACGACAAGCCGGAAUUAGCCUGUGAAUCAGUAUACCAUAUGUAACAGGUUAAAAAUUAUAUUACAAAUAUUAGUAUUUAUAUGUUCUCUUAGCUGCUACAUCAGAUGCAUAUGAUAAAUAAUAGUUAUCAGCAAAGCAGAACUUUCCAUGUAUCUGCAUUAUCAGCAGCAUUGUUGAAUAAAAAACACAAUUGACAUAA